UCCACAUGAACGACAAAGCUGCCGUCAUUUCCACAGAUAGGAAAAGACAGCAUUGCUCUCCUGUCAGAAAAAUGUGCUACAGUCGCUGCGUUGACGUGAAUCUCGGCUAGUUGGCAACACGCCGCUGCUUUUUAAUUUUUUUUUUUGGUAAAUUCAUCUGUUGCCAGUUGAAGCGGAAUCAACGUGAUUUGAGGCGUUGCCUUUCGGAUACCGUCAGAGAGCGAACAGCCUAUCCCGGAGGAUCCAGCGUCACACACUCGAAAUGCCGUCUACUUGUAACUUGUAGCUAACGCCUGGCUCUUUAAAAUACAAUGGAUUGAAACGGCAGCUAGCUUGUUUUUAUUUUAACCGACCAUGUAAGCUGUCUCGUCGGUGGGUAUCAGUUGACUCGUGACUGUAGGACGGUUACAGGAGGAGCCAGCAGCCCUCCGAAACAACGACAAGAAAAAGACGCACCGAGACUGAGGAUACAUCCGAGCACAGGGCUGAAGUCCGUGCUCACAGUCCGGUUAACUGCCGUUUUUCACAACCGUUAGACGCCCCCCGUAUGCCGGCGCCUACGCCCGUCUCGACACCCUGAAGGCAGAGAGAGACGGAGGGAGGGAGGCAACGGCAGCUCCGGGGUCCCCGACACUCAGCCGAGGAGAGGCAUCGCUGAAAUGAGAUGAGGCUCAGAAAUGGAACUGUGGCCACUGCGAUUAUUUUCUUCACGUCUUUCCUCAGCCUGUCCUGGUACACAGCGUGGCAAAAUGGCAAAGAGAAGCUGAUAGCAUACCAGCGGGAGUUCCAUGCCUUGAAAGAGCGCCUUCGUGUGGCCGAGCACAGGACGCUGCAGCGCUCGUCUGAACUCAACAACAUCCUCGAGCAGUUCAGACGUGCCAUCGCUGAGACUAACAACAGCAAAGAUGCUCUCACAAACUUCUCAGAUGAGACACAGAAACUACUGAAGGAGCUCGCAAAUAGAAAACCUCUCCAGGUGCCAAAUAUCUACCACCACCUGCCUCAUCUACUCAACAAUGAGGGCAGCCUGCACCCUGCCGUGCAGGUUGGUCUCGGCCGCACAGGAGUUACCAUGGUGAUGGGGAUCCCCACAGUGAAGCGGAAGGUGAAGUCUUAUCUGUCAGAGACGUUGCGUUCACUAAUAGACAAGCUGUCACCAGAGGAGAAACUUGACUGUGUCAUUAUUGUCUUCGUUGGAGAGACUGAUGUGGACUACGUGCACAGCGUGGUUGCUGGCCUGGAGAAAGAGUUUUCUACAGAGCUGAAUUCAGGCUUGCUGGAGGUGAUCUCACCGCCGGCUGCCUAUUACCCCGACCUCACCAACCUCAAAGAGACUUUUGGAGACUCCAAAGAGAGAGUCAAAUGGCGAACAAAGCAGAAUUUGGACUAUUCCUUCCUCAUGAUGUAUGCUGUGAGCAAAGGAGUUUAUUAUGUCCAGCUGGAGGACGACAUUGUGGCCAAGCCGAACUACUUUGCCACUAUGAAGAACUUUGCCCUGCAGCUCUCGUCAGAGGACUGGAUGAUCCUGGAGUUCUCUCAGCUGGGCUUCAUCGGAAAAAUGUUCCAGGCUCCAGACCUAAACCUCAUUGUUGAGUUCAUCUUCAUGUUCUACAAGGAGAAGCCCAUCGACUGGCUGCUGGACCACAUCCUCUGGGUCAAAGUCUGCAAUCCAGAGAAAGAUGCGAAACACUGCGAGCGGCAGAAGUCCAGCCUGCGUGUGCGGUUCAGACCCUCCCUGUUUCAACACGUGGGACUCCAUUCUUCCCUUGCUGGAAAGAUCCAAAAACUCACAGACAAGGACUUCCUAAAGCCACUGCUCCACAAGAUGCACGUCAACCCCCCAGCUGAGGUUUCCACUUCAGUGAAGGUGUAUCAGGGUCACACGCUAGAGAAGACGUACCUAGGAGAGGACUUCUUCUGGGCCAUCACUCCUACUGCCGGAGACUACAUCCUCUUCAAAUUUGACCGCCCUGUGAGCAUAGAGAAGUUCCUGUUUCGCAGCGGUAACCAAGAGCACCCAGGGGACAAGAUCGAGAACACCACAGUGGAAAUACUGCCUGUUUCGGAACCUGGACUGCUGACCAAAGACAAGUACAAGCGAACUGAAGACCGCUUUUACAGGAUUGGUCAGUUUGAGAAGGGUGUGGCAGAGGGAGCUGUAGAUCCUGCCUUCAAUCCUGUCAUCGCACUUCGGCUUUCUGUUCUCAAAGACUCUGCGGUGUGGGCCAUCCUCAGUGAGAUCCAUAUAAAGAGGGUAGCUGGCUGACUGUUCUGGAGCGGGCACAUGAAUCAUGGCCCCUGGGGGACCAAAAUCUCCUAGACUGCUUACGCAGGGCCUCUGGCACCUAGCAACCAGCAGUGAAGUCAUUAGAGCCCACUAGAGUUGCUCGUCUGAGCUUGUCUGAGGAGCGUCACCUCUCUGUCCCCGCUCUUCCCCCCCUAAUGUACUUUGUUUUGCUUCUCAUCGAUCGAUUUCUUUCUGCAUCUCUCCCCCUCACUCGUGUGCUCUUAAUUCAUUUGUGAGAAUGUGAAUACUACUGUCCUAAAGAACAACGGCGGAGUGCGUGAAGACAUCCGUUUCCAGCUCUGGCUUUCAAAGUGACUGUUCAGCAGCUUUGAACCCAAUCAGAAAAACCGCUCGGACCGACCAAGGACAAAUCAUCACGUCUGGGGAGAACCAGUCACCUGGCCACUGGUGUAGAUGCUGCCAAAUCCUCCUCCGUUACUAAAUGCUGCCACCUUCGGGCGAGCUGGGGCAUUGCACUGUCACUAGCGCCCCAGCAGAAGCCCACCAUGAUCAAGAAUGUUGUCGUCACUAAUGGCCAGUUGCCCUCGUUCUCGACCGAGAUGACGGAGCUCUAGAUCAACACCAGCCCAAACAACAAUGUUUCCCUCACUCCCAGAGUAUUGUCAGCCACUCGUAAAUACUCCACUCCUCCUGAAACUCAGGACGAGCUUCCAAAAUCCUGCCUGUAGCCAGUCAGUAACAACGUUGACCAAACUGUAGGCCGUGGUAACUACCCCGAUCCAUCGAGAAAACCAUGACACCAUAUCUAUCUCACCUCGUGUCUGACAGGCCGUGUUUGACCUCAGUGUCCAUUUAUAGUAAACCAAUCAGACAUUGCCUUGGCGUCAUUUUCCCGAAGGAAUAUAUUGUUAUAUUGAUAUAUUAUUACAGCUAUGACGAUCUAUGAAGGUGACUUAAUUUAUUUGAAAUAAAUCUUUAAUUUGUACAAGAGGUAAAAUAUAUUUUUAUUCUAUUAAGAGAUGUUUAUGGUAGUUCAGAGUCUGUUUUAUUUGUGUACUGUUGUGUUUUUUUUUGUUUUGUUUUUUUUUCUAAAUUGUACAUUUUCUUUUCAUUAUUACAGCUGCUGGCAAAGUAGCUCGGUUCAGUCUGUACCGGUUUCUAUUCACUUGAAGUGAAACAACUAAAACUAUUAAUUUUUUUUUCUUAGACCGAAUGGUAGGACAGUUGUUAAUAGAUUCUGUUGAAGUGGGUCAAAAUUUGGAAAAAUUGUGCCUUAAAUCCAGGUCCCUUGAAAUUGUCUCAGCAACAUGAUUCCAAUCUCUUACUCUUGCCUACACUUUGAUUGCUGGAUAUACUAAUAUUUUUAAAGAAACACACACAGUCCAAUUAGCGAUUGGAUUUUAAGAACAAUAUCUGUGCUAAGUGAACGUGGUAAAAAGAGAGGGGGGUUUUGUACCAGAUUAGCAUCUGAAACAGCGUGAUUUGCACUGCUUUUUCACUAUUUUUUGUUGCCAUCACACCCUUCACCGUUGAACUUAAAUUUCCCAUCUUCCCACACUAGUUGCUCAUUUCACUGACUCCUCCAAAUCUUUGUAUUUUGUCCAAUUGCGUCUCUGUUUUCCGAUUGGACAGAACAUUAAGACUACUGAUCACUGCAGUGUGCGCCUUUUUGUUGUAUGAUUUGGCUGUGUAGUACUUUCACUGAUUGUAAAUAUAUAAACAAAGCAAUGAACAUUACUUCUUUCUUUCCCUCACUCUCUCUUUCUCUUCUGCCUCAUU